CCAGUGGCUCCCUCCGCAAACCCUGGGAGGGAGCGUGCACGAGCCACCGAUGACGUUGUUGACUUACGUCUUUUUUAUGGCUGCUCUGGCACACUGCUAGCUGCACUUGCUAGCUGCUCCCAGCCCUGUUCUCCCGCCAAGGUCCCUCUCCCGUCCCGGCUACGUAAGGGUUCCUCUCAUUGAGUUCCAUACCUUACGCAGUACCUACCUUACCUUCAGGUGCUCAGGCAGUCGUCAAAGAGGAUACUUGUAUUCACGUACCUGCCACCUUUACUUGCCAGAAUUACCGGACCCCAUCGUCACCCUCACGCCCAUCCUACAAAAGGCCAGCUCCGCCCAGCCCGUCAACUGUACUCCUACAAAUCACAGCUCCAGACACCAAAAUCUCCUCCUCGCCAAGAACGACACCCAACAACAACACAACCGAAGAAGUCAGUUUGGGCUUCCGAGUGUAUUCCUUCGCACGACACAUCUCUCCCUGAAUCUACGGAGAGCACACGACCACAAUCCCUUUUUUCUAGUUAGCUAUCCCGGGAGCUGAAGCUUUCCCCGCACCAGUCAAGAUGACUCUCUACUACACUCUCGUGUUCAUGCUCCUCAUGGCGGAGAUGGGGCUUUUCAUGCUCCUUCUCGUGCCCCUUCCCUUCGCCGUCAAGCGGAAGUUGUUCACAUUCAUCUCCGAGAGUCCAAUCGUUGCAAAAGUGCAGUAUUGGAUGAAGAUUACAUUCGUCUUCAUCCUGAUUCUGUUCAUUGACAGUGUCAACCGCGUUUACCGCGUCCAAGUCGAGUUGGCGAUUGCGACUGAGAACCAGAACAGCGGUGCCGCCGUCAUGGGCCACGAGCGCCUUGAGGUGCAAGCCCGCAAGUUCUACUCCCAGCGCAACAUGUACCUUUGCGGCUUCACCCUCUUCCUCUCCCUUAUCCUCAACCGCACCUACGUUAUGAUCCUUGAGGUGAUGCGUCUGGAGGACAAGGUUCGCGGCUACGAGGGCACCAAGGGCAACACCAAGGAGAGCGAGAAGCUCGCCGUUGCCGGUGACGCCGGUGAAAUCGCCAAGCUCCGCAAGCAGCUUGAGGAGAAGAACCGCGAUCUCGAGACCCUCAAGAAGCAGAGCGCCGGUCUGCACAAGAGCUACGAUGAGCUCUCUGACCAGUACGCCUCCACCCAGCCCAAGGGUGACAAGAAGGCGCAGUAAUUCAGCACUAUGGAUACGGAUAUUCGAUUCAAUGAAGUGUUCUUACAUGAACGAGAGCGCCGCCCGAGUGCGGCAUAAAAAGGGGUAGUGGGCGAGCGACAGAAUAGCUCCGGGUCAUUGGCCCGUUUCACUGGUAUAGAGGCGUACGGAGGAAGUCUGGACGGCGUUAAGCUAUAGCUCUAGUAAAGCUUCUCCUUUUGACACUAUUCGUUCCACACUCGUGUUCUCAAAGUGAUUGCUGCUCCGAGACGCCUCGUUAUGUCGGUCGGUCGAGCAGAAAUACAACGAAAUUGUCCCAGCUGCUGGGCCUGGAUGAUGUAUAAAACUCGACCCGCCUUCCAUUUCAUACGGUGGUUCAAGCAGCUGGCACCUCGAUCUCGGAGGCAUGCACCGGUCAGGAAGAAGAUUCACGCACAGGAUUAAUGCAACGAGUUCACCUGUCGAUUUUACUGCUCUAGUACGUCCCAAUCAGCCAAAGCACUCUCUCGUACUGGGUAACCGCGGUCAUCCUGAAUUUAUUCACAGGAGUAUCAACGACAAUUACCACGGGAAGCUACAGAAUGGUAAUAUUGGACGAAUCAUCAAAUUGCACCUAGAACGGGAAAAAGUAAUGCCAUCGGUCAUUUGGGCCACUAAGAAUGUGCUCACAACAAGGGACAACGCAUCCCGGGAUCUUCGAAACCCUCGCAGCCUUGCGUCUAUGACCCCAAGAUGUGUAUGAUGCCUCCCUCCUACAUCCUUAUACAAGUCCCGCUCUCUCUCAGCCACGACAGCCCCUUAUUGCGAUGACUGCCAGGAGGGUCGUGUUCCUUCCCCAGGAAACAUCCGUUGGGAGUACAUAACUAGCGAUGAAAUGCCUGGCUGUCUGGAAACCCUCACUCCAUCUAGAAAGGCUCACAGCCCUUGCAAGGGCCCUGGAAGUUGGCCACGGCUCCGAUGCAAGCGACAUCAGCGAGGGGGUCUACAUCAAAGUCAGCCAUAAUUCCCAUGUACUACUUCCACACGUGAGUGUGACUUACUCAAGAAGAACUCAUCAACAGCAGCUCCACAAGCCGGGAUCAGGGCCGCAAAGGCACCGAUGCAUGCUAUUCCACCACCCCUUUUUGUCAGCCAUG